AUGGAACCUAAAGUUGAAUUUAGCGAAUUGAUUGAUCAAGAAGAUGGUGAAGAAGCCAAACCAAUUAGCAAACAUGCCAAACCAAGCCUUGAUAACUUAGCCUUGAAGAACGAUGAAACGAAUUUGUUGAAAGCUAAGUUAGAAGAGAAAGGGAAAGAACUAGAAGUUUUUCACCAAGAAAACGAGAACCUAAAAGGUCAGCUCAAUGAAGCAGCUUUGGAGAUAUCAACAGGUCAAGCCAAGGAAGAGGACAUGACUUCAAGAUUAAGCCAACUAGAACUAGAUCUAGAAGAAUUGAGAGCUAAUGAAGUCAAGUUGAAGGAGAAGCUUAAAGCUGUAGAAGGAACAAAUGAGGCAUUGGAAACCGAAAUGAAGAAACUGAGAAAGCAUACAAAGUAGUAGAGGAAGGCGGCCGAUGUUACAACCACAGUGCUUGUCGGGGGCAUGGAGAUGAAAGACGAGAGAAAAAUAUCAGAGAGGUGUGGGUCCAUGGAUAAGCAAUUUGGAAGCAAAGGUGAAGGUAUAUUUGGAGUGAGAAAUAAUGGAAUGAGAGGAUGUGAACAGAGAAUGUGAGGGUAUAUUUAGAAUGUGAAGUGUGUGGAUUGAGAUAAAAAAGUAAAAAUCAAAUUACUAAAUGUGUGAAUUGAGAAAAGAUGUAUACAGAGAUAAUUCGGUGUGCGGAAAUAGAA